AUGACAAGCACCACUGAACCAGAAGACACAGAUGGACUACUACUGUUCGAAGGGCACAAUGGCUCAUCCGAGGACCAGACUACUACUGCUACUACUACUACCAUCGAUCUCAAACAGGCCCGCCGAGAGGACCGAUUCAAAGAAGCCUUGAAGGCCUCACUCGACUACAAACCGAUCACCGAGAAGUGGUUUCAUCCCCAUCCUCGCACCGCGAACUCCAACAGUAACAGGAACUCGGGACUUUUAGAGAACGAAGAAGAUGAAGAGAACUGGGUGGCCGACUUGAAUCCAGAAAGAUUACUUGCACUGAUCCAGUACGAGUUCGUAUCCCAGAACUACCUCCGAAUCAUCCAGACCAGUCACCACUACAUCCUCUUCCACCACCAUCCUGACCCCAAUACACUGCCCAAAGAGAAGAAGAAAGAGACGACUAACACUAAUCAUGAGGCGACCAAGAAACUGGCGAUCAUCCUCGAAUCCAACCUGAUCUGCUUCAAGAAACUCUUGCCAUCAAAUCCAACACUCCUCUUUCCCUCGCAUCCUACUGUCUCUCCGUCGCUUUUGUUGCUGUUCUUGGAAUGGAGUCAACCGUUCGUAAGUAUUCCUCAGUCUUCUUCUCUCAUUCAAUCGUCUCAUUAUUAA